AUGACGCUAGGCCUUCAACAGCCCCCCGACGAGAUACUGUGUCGUUCCUUUCCCACCACUCUCAAAGGAGCUGCAAGGGAAUGGUUCACAAAGUUGCCAACAUCAUCCAUCGACAACUUCGAGCAGUUGAGCAACACUUUCUUGCAUCACUUCAUUGGGGGGCAGCGUCCUAAGAGGCCAGUGGACCACUUACUCACCAUUAAGCAGGGAGAAAAGAAAACCUUAAGGUCAUACGUGAAAUGCUUUACUCGGGAGACCCUCGAGGUAGACGAAGCUGAUGACAAAGUAAAGCUGAUGGCCUUCAAAAUAGGACUGAGAUCCAGAGAUCUCGUGGCUUCACUCGUGAAAAACCCUCCAAAGACGAUGGCAGAAAUGCUCCUAAAAGCACAAAAGUACAUGAAUGCUGAAGACACUUUAGAAGCCAUAAAGGAUGUAGAGAAGCCAGGAGACAAAGGAAGAAAGGAUGACAAGCGUAGGGGUCAAAAGAGGAAGCGCCCAGAUCGUCAGCAUAAUGACGGGAACAGAAGAAAAGAAGAUAAAGGUCCUCGAACGGUAAAAUUUACCCCUCUAGUUAUGCCUGUUGACAAAAUUUUAAUGCAGAUUAAGGACGAGCACUAUCUCAAAUGCCUAAGACCAUUACUCAUCCCCUAA